CUCCAGCAGCACUGUGUCGUAAAUGGGCCGCUGCAGCUACAACUCGUGGAGGCAAGAAUGACACCGGUGCUUCUCAAGAAAAUCUGAUCGUAAGGACGGAUUUGUUUCACUUCUCUCUUUUUUUUUUAAAGAAAACACCAUAAAAUGGCGAGUAAUCUUGCACCUUUACGGACACGAUUAUUCGUGGCUGUUUUCACGUUCGUUGCACUGUGGGGAUUUGCGUUCUCCAUCACUCGGUACUCUAUACCGGAGGAAAUGGAAGAGGGUUCCUUUGUUGCCAAUCUAGCAACAGAUUUGGGUCUGGAUAUUCGCAGUUUUGAAGAGCGUAAAGCAAAGCUCGAUGUCCUUCAGAGCAAAAAUUACCUGGACAUCAACAAAGAAUCAGGGGAGCUGAUAAUCCGUGAAAAAAUAGAUCGGGAGACCAUAUGCAUGACUAAAACAACCUCGUGCUUUCUGAAAAUGGAAGUCAUACUUUCACACCCGGUUCGCAUUUUUAACAUCGAGCUAGAAAUCAUGGACAUCAAUGACAACGCGCCUGUGUUUCGCAGAAAGACAAUGCACUUGGAUAUUUCGGAGGCAACCCCUCCCGGUGAGAGAUUCUCAUUGACAAACGCUGUGGAUGCGGAUGUGGGGGCGAAUUCAAUCAAGACCUAUUAUCUCAGUGAAAACAAAUAUUUCAGCAUUGACAUACAAACCGGCAGCGAUGGCUCCAAAUAUGUCGAUUUGGUGCUCAGUGGUAAAUUGGACAGAGAGGAGCAUGCAGUCCAUAAUUUGAUUUUAACUGCUGUGGAUGGGGGGGUGCCUCCCCGCUCAGGUACAGCCAGCAUCAUCAUUAAUGUCCUGGAUAUCAAUGAUAACGCCCCCCUGUUCAGUCAGCCGGUAUUUGCUGUCAAUGCUUCAGAGAACUCUGCAAUAGGGACGGUGGUUAUGACCUUAAACGCAACAGACUUGGAUGAAGGCACAAACGCCCAGUUAGUAUACUCAUAUACACUUUACACCUCAGAGAAGACACAGGAACUCUUCUCUCUUGAUCCAAACUCAGGUGAGAUUAAAGUAAAGGGGGUGAUUGAUUAUGAAGAGACUCAAAGUUUUGAGAUGCACAUACAGGCUCAGGACAGAGGGACAAACCCUCUGUCAGGACACUGUAAAGUGAUAGUUUCUGUCACAGACCUGAAUGACAAUUAUCCUGAGGUGACCAUCAAGUCCCUUGAAAGAGCAGUGGCUGAGGACGUCUCUGUAGGAACACUGAUUGCAGUGGUUAGCGUCAGUGACAGGGACUCCGGCGUUAACGGGGAAGUGGAUCUUACCCUGAACCAACAAGAAACCUUACCAUUCCGCCUAAACAAAUCCUCAGAGGGCUACUAUGAGCUGCUGGUGUCAAAGCCGCUGGACAGAGAGCUAAUGAGCAAAUAUGACAUCACACUAAGAGUGACAGACAGAGGCUUGCCGCCGUUAACUGAGAAUGAGACCAUUGCCUUAGAAAUCCUGGAUGUCAAUGACAAUGCACCCAUGUUCUCGCAGUCCUUUUACACAAUCCAUGUUAUGGAAAAUAAUCCACCUGGGGCAUUACUGACAUCUCUAAGUGCAUUUGACCCUGAUCUCAAUGAGAACCAGUAUUUGGUUUAUUUCAUAAUGGAGAAAGAGAUAGUUAACACAUCUAUGUCAAUGCUGUUCUCCAUCAAUCCUGAGAAUGGUGAUCUUUAUGCCUUAAAGACAUUUGACUAUGAGAGAGAGAGAGAAUUCCUGUUCCAUAUUGAGGCUAGAGACUCUGGUGUUCCCCCACUGAGCAGCAAUGUGACAGUUCACAUCAUCAUUCUGGACCAGAAUGACAACACUCCUCUUAUUGUGUCACCUUGGCGAGCGCAGGGUUUUGUUGUAGAGGAGGUAAUACCAAGAUCCACAGACAAGGGACACUUAGUGGCCAAAGUGAUCGCCAUUGAUGCAGACUCUGACCAGAAUGCUAGGGUUACAUACCAGCUCCUGCAGACCAGUGACUCAUCCCUCUUCAGCCUGGAUCAGUACAAUGGUGAGAUUCGAACAACAAGGAUGUUCAGUUACAGAGAUCCAAGACAACAGCGGCUGGUAGUUGUUGCUAAAGACAACGGCAACCCUGCACGCUCUGCUACCGUCACUAUCAGGAUUUCAACAGUGGAACAUGCCCUGCCCAUCUUAGAGACUACAGAGUUACCACUCGAGUUUGAUGUCUUCACAGACCUAAACUUAUACUUAGUGAUCGGUUUAGGAGCUGUGUCCUUCCUGCUGCUGAUAACCAUCUUGGUUAUUAUUGUUCUCAAGUGUCAAAAACCAAAACCAAAGGCCAUCAAGAUCCCCCCGGUUAAUAGAAACAGUGUGAUCAGCAGGAACAGCGUCAUCAGCCAGAGAAGCUCUACCAUUGCAGAUUCCACCCUGAUCUCCAGUGAUGCCUACUGGUAUAGCUUGUUCCUCGCUGAGACCAGGAAGGGUAAAGUGGUCGUGAGGCAGCCCAUUAUUCCCAAAGGAGCUGGGUAUUUUGUUUCUAGUAUACCCAGGAGCAUAGGGCCAAGUGAGACCACAGACUCCAGAGCAUCUACACUGGAGUACUCAAAAUGAAAGGAAGUCCAUUCUUCAACUGGAGGAUCCCAGAAGAGAGCUGCGGUGAUAUAAUCAUCUCUUCAUGGGAGUCUCUGGCUGAAACUCUCCUGUGACUCACUAAGAAGAUGUAAAAAUCUCAUCCUCCCUCGGUCCCUUCACCACAGCUCUCAUCCUCUCUGGUUCCUUCUAUCCCGAGACGCAGACCUCAGAUCGCCUCAACUUUCUACCACUGUAAUUCUUUUAAGCAUGAAUCUGCAUUAUUCUUUAGCAAGUAUUUGGACAACAAAUCAUUGAUAGCAGAAUGUCUGGACAUUACUUAAGAGGCCACAUGUAGAAAAUCAUCCCUUCCUCAACUCUUUCAAGCUUUUCAAUGGACAAGUUUGCCUUCUCUCCAGGGAUAACACAGUGUGCUAUAGUUUCAGAAGCCAUUAGCAGUUCUUAAUGUACUUAAGUUGCUGUCAUGCUACUUUUUUUUUAAAUGCAAGAGUCUAAAACACGCCUAAAUAUAAACUUACAUAAGAAUCAGGGAGAAUGUACUUCUUCCAUGGAUCUGAUUAAUUCAUAACUGUAGCUGGUUAUGUCAUUGAUUCAGGCCUGGCACUUGGUGUUUUCUUGUUAUCUAUUAUUACUUUUUUUUAUUAUUUGUAUUGAGUCUUUGAGUUUAGUAAGGCUCAAACUGUUAAUGUAACUUUCUUAUAAAAAAAACAAAAAUCAGUGAUUGAGUUAUAGAUAUUUUUCCUAAGUGUUUUACUCAACUUUUGAAUGUCUGAAAAUGACAAAAAAAGAAUGAAAGAAAACUGUCAAAUGCAAAAGAAAAAACAGAGAAUCUUUACUUUUCUUUCUUUACUUUUUAAAUUGUAGAUGCUUUAGUUCUGUGGAAAUGGUAAAAGAGGUCAGAGAAGCAAAAAGACUAAAUACAGAUGUGCAAUUCAUUCUCCAGUUUAUAUAGAAGCUAUGAAAUGUGCUGCAAUAUUAAAUUUUCUGAACCAAAUCAAAAUCUAGCAUACAUUUGUAGACAUUCUGCUUGUUUCCUUCUGCCGGGGCAAGGAGAAGGCACAUCUUAAGCCAUUAAAGAGAUAGGCUAGAGUGGGAACAUCUAAACAAAUACAAAGAACUUUUUUUAACACAGGGUCAACUUUCAAUGAAAACUCUCUCUGUAAGAACCUUUAUUUAUAAGCUAUAUUAUUAUUUUUCCCUAAAAACCGGCAGUUCAAGUCAUAUCAGAUUUCAAUCAAUACACAAGGUGCAGAUGUAAAAUAGCAAAUAAAUUUUGAAAGAUUAUGAAAAUUAACAUUUAAAAGAAAACUUUUAUAAUAAUACUUUGUUUAUUGAAACGAAAGAAAGAAUAUCAAAAUGUAUUAAUCUAUGCCAGGGUACAAGAAGACAUAUGGUACAGGCAAGGUGUUUUUUUUUUCCAGUAUUCAUGUUUUUUUAUAUCUAUUUUUCUCUUAUUGCUGUUUUUAAGGGCAUUUUGUGUUGCAUAUUUCCAGUGUAGUGCAUAUGAUGUUGUUUUGGUAGUGUACAUAACUAUAAAAAAAAGUAUCAAAAAUACUUUUUCUUGACUUUAAAGUUAGUGCUGUUGCACUACGAUUAAAGUCAGGACUUUGAUUUCUCAGAAACACGGAGCUUAUUAAGACCAGUCAUUAGGGUGUUUCAUGAUAACAUGUAAUGGCGUGAGGUGAGAAGAUUGGAUUAUGAGAAGAAGAACAUUGUGUUAAUUACAGCCACAGUACUUUGGUGCUGACUCUGCAGACUGCAUUAAUGUAUUAAACAAAUGACAGCACUAUGAAUUUUGGGAUAUGCACUGAAUCUAAAUGUGCUCACAGCAGUAAUGCGGUGGAUGUAUCCAGCUUCAUGCUCUGAGUAGGUGAAAUUUAACCUCCCUUUUCUCCUCUCUCUCACCGUCUCAACAAAGCCAACCUUUACAAGCAUUCAGCUGGCAGUUUGUCAGAGUGAAGAUUUCAUGUGAUGAGGGAUCUCUUGCUGUGGAGUACAUUAAAUUGUGCAAUCAUUGCCAGAACUGAUCGAUUCCAACAGUAUUUAUAGGUGUUUUUUAAUUGCACAUAUGAUGAGCUCCUUGCGUGCCUUCUGCAAUUUAAAAGAUGACUGUUGACAACUGAAAUAUUGGGGUUUCCUAUAGUAAAAUAAAUACCAUUUGCUCCCAUGAUAUAGUAUCUUUAACUGCUCUUUGGAUAGGGACAGCUUUUGGAUCAGAGCAGAUGUUCUGUGAAGAACCAAUAGAUGCAUUUAUUGUAAAUGAAACUGCUUUAUACUUUGUGUUUUUUAUACAGUAGAACAUUUUGAUAUCUUCUGUAUUCACUGUGAUCGAAUGGCACAAGAGGUGCUCGUGCUCAGUGUUGUAAACGUGAGUUAUUUCUCAUUUGUGUACACAGCUUCACCCACCCCCAACAGGGCUACUUUGCCAAUCAAAUUGUACAAUAUGCUUCAAGGGUUGCAUCAAAUGUUCUCCAGCUCCAUCCCAUUUAGCAGAUCAAAGAUAGUAUGGGUGCGAAAGCUCUUGCUUUCUUUUAAGUCUACUUAAUUGACAGAUUUUGAUGUUGCUUAUUUGGCUUAAAUGUACUGCCUGAUCAUGCUAGUUUGAAUAAAGCUUUUUAAUCUGUC